UUAGUGUCAAAAAGCCAUUCUUUGGAAGAGCCAUUACAAGAACUGGAACUACUGAUUAAUCCUGAUCAAGAUGACAGCCUCCCAAAAGCACAGAGAUUUCAUGGCAGAGCCCAUGGGGGAAAAGCCAGUGGGGAGCCUGGCUGGGAUUGGUGAAGUCCUGGGCAAGAAGCUGGAGGAAAGGGGCUUUGACAAGGCUUAUGUGGUCCUUGGCCAGUUUCUGGUGCUAAGGAAAGAUGAAGAACUCUUCCGGGAAUGGCUAAAGGACACAUGUGGCCCCAAUGCCAAGCAGUCCCAGGACUGCUUUGGGUGCCUUCGAGAGCGGUGUGACGCCUUGUGAUGCUCUCUGGGGAGCCCCCAAUCCCAAACGCCAGCCUUGAGUCUUCAGAGUUUGCAGCUGCGUGGGGGCUACUCCCUUGUCCUCUACAAAGGAAAGGAUUGCUGUCUACUCACCACCGAUGUCCUCCGGGUCUUUGGGGGAGUUCUCUCCCUCAUCAUUUCAACUUUUUUGGAAUUCUCACUCUUGCAUGCAUCUCCCUUCUCUUUCCCCUGCCAGGUUCAGGCCAAUAAUCAGCUUUUCUGAGUGGAUUUCUGGCCCCUCCCCUCACCCCCACUCUCACCCCUGGUCUGUUUAAAGACA